GUCUCUUAAAACGUAGUGAUUAUAUUCUCUUUGGAGCUCCCCGCUUCUGUCAGAAGACUUGAAGUUUUUAAAGAAAAUAUAACCACCAAUACAGCCUGUCAGCCUUAGAUAAAAGAAAGUAUAUUUAUAACCGUUUUAUCAGUGGAUACAAAUAAUAAAUACGAACCAUAAUAUCAUGAUUGCGAGAACAAAGCUCGAGUUUAUUGCUUUUUAAAUUUAUAUAUUCUAAACCUAAUCACAAAAUAUGUAGAUAAAACGAUAACUUAUAUUAUCUUUUUGUUUAAACACAUUCAAAAAACAUAGCUAUACUAAGGAAAAUGAAGUUCUUUUCUAAUAAGUUUACUAUUUUUCUGUGCUUUCUUAUAUACAUAAAUGAAAUCGAAUCACAGUCUGGUCCAGAACCAUGGAAUUCAGACAAGGACCAAAUACAUGUCCCGACUAUAAGAAGAAAAAGUUCUGAUGUAAACACCGGCAUUGCAGUUACUUCGUUUAAAAGAAUCCUUGCUAUAAUGAUGAAGUCAAACAAAAUGAAGAAUAAUGAUGGCACAAUAGAUGUGAAUUUAAGAAUGAAAUUCAGUCCAGAAAAGUGGAGCGUUCUUGAGGAAUACUUGAAACCAGAUGUAAUAUAUUCAGAAGAUAUGUUUCGUCGGACUGUAGGAUAUGUGGAAGAAGCUAUUUAUAAGCCUACUAUUAUAGAAACAAUGACAAUGGCAUGGAGUGAUUAUGUCCAAGUUUAUUUAACAGAAUACAAGGUUUACAUAACUUGGGCAUUUGCCAUGUUUUCUGUAUUGGGUGCAACACUGUGGCUGUGGAGUCAUAUGUCCCGUACCCACCUGGUUAUCAUCAUGUUGCUGUUACUAUACAUUUAUGAAGUUGCUGUUUCAUACAAGGAAGCAGAGCAACAGGAGCUUAAAAGAUUUAUAACAGCUGUAAACUCUUGCAAAUGGUAUUUUUGGACAAGUGACUGUGAUGUCCCAUCACCGGAUCUACUCAUAUUUAUGAAACACAUGAACCCAGGAAAAAUUGCCAUAAAAAUGUUUACCAGUUGGAUAUCAGAGCCAAUUAUCUGUAUGAGUAAUACUGUAAACACCAUAAUUCAUGGUAUCACAGAUGGCCUGUGGUACCCUCUGGAUGUUAUAUUAUAUGGUAUUUUAACUAUAAUAAUAAAUAUCGUGUUAAUCAUAUUAGUUAUAAUGUUAAUAUUUAACUAUAUUUUUAAUACUUCUUAUAAUUUAGGUUUUCUUUUUUUCAAUGUUGGUAUCCUACAACGGAAUAGGGCAGUUCCUACUGCUCACGAGGUUCAGGGCAUGGCAGAUCCCAACCGAAUUGGUGGAGCUACGUUAGAUAGAAUAUUAGAAAUAUGUCAACACGCUAUUCAAAGAGCUAAUAUUAACGAGAAUAGACCCGCAGCGGUUUUGCCCGCAGCAGUUGCGCCCCCUAAAAAUAACAUCCCGAGAAUUAAGAGAUCUGCAAGUACGGGCCGAUUACCAAACCACAGUACAAUAUAAAAUCAAGACUUGGGUCAUAAUUAAAGACAAAGACGUAACAUCAAUAUUGGUGGUGGUGGAUAUAUGUAACAGUGUGUUAUAAAAUAAAAACCGCACACGAUGGCCCACCUUAAUAUGCUAUAAAUGUUGGAUACUUUAUGUAGAAAAAUAAAGCUUCUGUUUUCUGCAUAACAAACAUUUACUACCGCAUUAUAAUGAUGCUUAUAUAUAUUUUUUGUAUAUAUACGCAUUUAAUUUGUCCAGGCCAGUAAUUAACAUUCAGAUACUUAGUAGCUUACGCAUUUUAAACCCUAAAUAAUAUGUACAUUGUUAAACGUAUAGUCAGCUACAGAAGCCAUGGGCGCCGCCAAGAUUACUUUUACAGAGAUGCAUCUGCAUAAAUAGGUACUACACAAUAUCAUUAAAUUAUUUAUUUUUCUUUCAAGUAAUAAUCGCGCAGGUAUUUGCAUAUACUUAAAACCAUAAUAAAACCUUUGUGGUCGGCGGCGCCAAUGGAAGUAGCUGAACAAGUUCAAAAUUUUAAAUUGUCUUUAACCGUUAGUGUCCUUAUUAUCAGUCGUUUUUCUUCACUAUAAUUGACUUCACCGAAUAAGCAAAAUAUGUGUUCGUCCUUCUUCUAUUAUAAUAUCUAUUUUUUAUUAUUUCUGGAAGGCCGAUAAUUAUAUAAUGUAUUUUUUUUAUUUUUGUCUAUGUAAAGUUAAGUAAUCUUUCGUUUGAUAUUAGACAUCUUGCAUUAUAGAUACACGCAUAGAGUAUUUGGAGUUGGGGGGUUGGUAUUUAUCCCCCGCAGUUAUCAGCCGCUGUGGGUUUUUUUUCCUCUAACAAUAAUUAUGGCUUUAGUUUUUUUCCCUUAUUUCUAUUACAUGUGGACGAAAACCCUAAUAAAGUUUAACGUUGGCCACAUUUAGUUGCUCAGUUUUAGUUAAAAAAUCAUAACAUUGUUUUUUUUACACGAAAUACAGUAGAAUUCGGUUAUAACGACGGCCAAGGGACCGGUGAUAUUAUGUCGUAAUAACCAGAAGUCGUACUAAACAAUCAAUUUUUAUUUUUUAAUAAUCGCAUAUUUAAUAUAUAUU